AUGAUUGUAAAGUUGAGCCAGAGGAUUGAACUAGUAACAACUUCAGAGGAUUACUGGAAUCUCACGACAUCCAUUUUACUCUGCGCCGGUUUUGGAACACGGGCAAGAUCGGUCACGCUAAGAAGGGAGAUCGGCGACUGCCCUCACAAAGAUGUCAAGCGGACUGGUCCCUGGUCUUCACAUGAAAAGCAGACCACAUUCGACAGCGAUGAUGAUGAGCAGGAUUUGGCACCUCUCAGAGAGGCAGAACCCGCUUUGUUGGACAAGUACUACCUCGUCCAAGGAUCUGCAUCCAUCAUCACCCUUAAUGGAUGGCAAGAAGAAACGCUGGGAAAGACAGAACAAGCUAAGUCAGCAUCGGAAUAA